UAGCGUCAAUUCAACUGCCAUUAAUUCUGGGACUAGCCCAUUAUAACGAUAGGGUUAUCUUUUAUCUUUCUUUUAUCUUUCUUUUUCGCAAAGUCAAAGUUCAAUUUCAUAUUCCACUCUCACCCUCCAUCUUCACAUCCAUCCUUCGUCAUGCCUAUUUCCAAGAAAGACAGAGUGCGUAUAAUCUUUGUACUAGAACUACCAAAUGAUGACCCGUUAAUUAAUUUUGCCUACAGAUCGCUCGUGAGCACAAAAAGGCUGAUAAGGAAGGUACUCGCGCCCCGGUCAAGGCAAAUGGUCUCCCAGUCAAAGCUGCCGCACCAAAAUCAAAAGUACGUCCAGGGAUUUCUCCAAAUUCUUCCGCAUAUUGCUCGUAUCUUUGUUUUCAUACCCGAGGCUAACUCAUGCUGCAGUGCGAGUUCUGCAAGAUGGAAUUGGUCAACACAAAUAAGGCACAACUGAUAAGUCAUGCCGGAAAGCACGAAGACAAGGGAUGGACGAAGGAAAAGUGCUGGCCAAAUGAUUUCCCCGCAUAGAGGCUAGACCAAUACAAAUACAGGAUGGUGGGAAAUGAUAUCAUGAAUUGUCAGGGGAGUAAGGCGAAAUCAAUCAUCCUGAGGGCACUGCGAAUUCCGAUGAAGGGUCUAUGAGGGGAUCGGCAACAGAUUUUAUGGAGCCAAAUAUUGGAUUUUCCAAAGCAAUUAUGAAUAAUGGUGCCUCGCAAUAAUAUACUUCACUCCUGGUGAGUAUG